GUUGGUGAAUUUCUUUUCCCACACUCCUGAGACACAUUUUUGCAUUUAUCCGUGUUAUUUUCUCCAUAAUAAUUCAUAUUAUUUUUUAUUUUUAUCCAAACUCUAAAAAUCUCAAUAUUUGAUCAAACACGAGAUGAGAAACUAGCGAAGAUUGAUUUUGCAUUCACAGAGCAAGUGAUUUCAACACCAGAUUCAAUCUCAACAAUUUCAUAAACCCUAAUUCAUAUCUCACAGUUCAUCAAGUAGCUUCAAUUGGUAACUAAGUUCAAUGAGGGUUCUUCGAUUAGGCUUGUUGCUUGCUUUAGCAUCUGGAUUUGCAGCAAUUUGCAUUUACAUCACUGGACUCUCCGAUCCUUCUGUAUAUCGCAGUUAUCACCUUACAGAUGAAGAAGCUGAAUCGUUGCUUUCGCUUCACGACUCUUUCCAGAAGUGUGUGAGUGCAAAUGGACUUGGUCUGAAAGCAGCUAGCGGCAGUGAUUAUUGUCAAACCACAAUUAGUUUUCCCAGUGACACUAUCCCCAAAUGGAGAGAUCCCAAAACUGGUGAACUUGAAGCUCUAUCUUUUGAUUUUAAUCUAUGUGAAGCUGUUGCCACAUGGGAGCAGGUGCGGAACAGCACCACUAUACUCACCAAGGAAUUCAUUGAUUCUUUACCGAAUGGAUGGGAGGAGUAUGCAUGGCGCAGGAUCAAUAAAGGAAUACAACUCAACCGCUGCGAGAACAGGACCUUGUGCAUGGAGAAACUUUCACUAGUGCUCCCUGAAACACCACCAUACUUCCCUAGACAAUAUGGGCGCUGUGCUGUUAUUGGUAAUUCGGGAGAUCUUUUGAAAACAAAAUUUGGAAAGGAGAUUGAUGGUUAUGAUGCUGUCUUAAGAGAAAAUGGCGCUCCAACACAGAACUAUACUGAAUAUGUGGGUAGGAAAAGCACAUUCCGUCUUCUAAAUCGAGGAUCUGCCAAAGCGCUGGAUAAAGUUGUAGAAUUAGAUGAGCAAAGAAAAGAAGUCUUGAUAGUAAAAACAACCAUUCAUGACAUCAUGAACAAAAUGAUCAAGGAACUUCCUAUAAAAAAUCCUGUAUAUCUCAUGCUAGGUGCUUCCUUUGGUUCAGCCGCAAAAGGAACUGGGCUUAAGGCUCUUGAAUUUGCCCUCUCCAUGUGUGAUUCUGUGGAUAUGUAUGGUUUCACUGUGGAUCCUGGCUAUAAAGAGUGGACAAGAUAUUUCUCUGAAUCUCGUCAAGGCCAUACGCCGUUACAUGGUAGAGCUUAUUACCAGAUGAUGGAGUGCCUGGGACUGAUCAAAAUCCAUUCUCCCAUGAGAGCUGAUCCAAGCCGUGUGGUAAAAUGGGUUCCAAGCCCCCAUAUUAUUAGGGCUGCUAGGAUUGCCUCAGAGAAAUUACUAAGGAGAGUUGGAGCAGGAUCUGAAGAUCCAUUGCAUUCUUGUUCCAUUACUAAGAAGCAAGUUAAAAGAAAUUUAAAUGCCCUUUCAAACCUUCGAAAGGCGGCACUUGAUCAUAUAAGGUAUGUGAAGAGGGCAACCAUGUAUCCUCUGGAGCAUAGUCUAGGACAUGGGUUGCUUUGCACUGUGCCAACUGAUUGAACCGUACUGAGAUUCUAUGCAUCCAAUUUUUGCUGUUGGAAAGUAUCAUGCUGCCUUACCAUUCAACUUCUGUUAAUAUAUGUCAUCAACUUGAAAAAAAUGGCAACUGAAGUUCCUACUCAGGGUGUGGUGGCAUAUAUGCAAAAAAAAAAUUGAUCUUUUCAUUCUUUUUAGUUUGAAAACUACGAAUACUUGUAUUUUUGGUUGAGGACAAGAUAGAACAGCUAGGACACAAUGUUGAGGCAUCUGUGCUGUUUAGUUGAACCAUAACAAGUUGACCUGUAAUGAUUUUUUUAUUUAUAUAAUUAUAUAAUAGGAAUAAUAACUGUACACCCAUAAUAUAAAAAAGUUUUACACCUUUUUAGUACUUCAAAUUUAUUUACA